AUGGCCCAAAGAGUCUGCAGAGCAUCGAACGCAUUCUCUACUGCUGCUCGUCUUCAGAGCACGUCUUGUUGUAACACUGCGGAUGCAUCGCAUAAAAUCAUUCGAGCGAAUCAGGCAUGUAUCACGGCAGUGGCAGCAAUUUUGAAGGGGCAGAUGGCUGCCAGCGAUAGGAUACGUGGCGAAGUUGUGAUGAAACAGCUGCAACGCGAGAAAGACUUUAUUGCUCGCUUCGACGACUUGCUGAUCGAUAGACGCGUUCGGCCGUCUAUACUUUCGCCUCUGUGGAAUGCAGGGGGCUUUGCAUUCGGCUUUUCGUCGAAAAUGCUGUCUGAACGGUUCGCAGACGUGUGCAUCUCUGCCGUGUUCGAAUCGUUGAGUGAGGGUUUAGACAAGUACGAUUUUCUUUUAUCGUCAGAUUUAGGUGUAUUAUUUCAAAGGUUACCAUAAUC